AUGCCAAACAGUUCACUAUUUUAUGCACAACUGGUUAGUGCGCCUGAAUCAAGUCGUGCAUACAACUCGUUAAAUUGCGAAGUUCGAUUGCAUAUACAUGAUGGUCGAAUUGCACUUGUUGACGGUUAUCCACAACGUUUGAUUGGUUUCUGGUUUCUGAACGAAAUUAUUCGGGUUUGUUUUAACGACAAUAAGUUGCAAUUCUUUGCAAAUGAUCGAAGUGGUUUGGAUGAUGGGAUGUAUUCGCUUGUUUGCGGACGAAUACAACUCCUCGAGAAGCACUACAAUUUAGCUAAUAAGCCUGUUACUCAAAUUGGCAGUGGAAUGCGAUAGUAUUACUGUUUGACGCAA